GAACAGAGAACACAGAACAGAGAACACAGAACAGAGAACACAGAACAGGUUACAGGCUGUAACAAGACAACAAUGUAACUCAAUGUAACAUUUUCCCAGUCAUCUGUAGUGUCACUGUUCAGCUCCAGGACCUUGAUGUUAAGGAACCAUCAUAACAUGACAUGUGUGAAGUCAGCCGGUUAUGACAUCACUUCCGGCGAUGACAUCACUUACGGAGCCCUUGAGAGCUAGCUGCUGAUUGGUGCAUCCAACAAGACAGAGCGAUGUCAUUGGCUGUGGAUGAGACUGCUGGAGAUCUCCCAGUCAGGGAUGUGGGACUGGUGAGGGGAGGGCUGAUGCCAGCGAUGACAGGUGUGUUUCGAGACACAAAGUCAUGGAAGAAGCCGCAGGUUCUGAAGAUAAAAGACCGUCAGAGAGUGUUCCGGGUUCCCCGGGAGCAGCUGGAGGACCAGUGUCUUCACCUGCAGGAGGAGAAUACCCUGCUGAGACAACACACACACACACAGGAGCAGAGGCUACGAAGGAUGUCCACCAAGCUGAUGCGCGUGCGUCAGGGCCGCCCGGCAGGACUGAGAGAGGGAGACCUGGAGGAGACCAUCCUGGAGCUGGAGGCUCGGGUCGCUACCCUGGAGAGCCAGAAGGGGGCGCUGCAGAACAAGCUCAGCCUGGCCCGGCAGCAUAUCCUGGACCUGGGGGGACGCACGCACUACAGGCUGCUCUGCAGAGGGCGGGGCCUGGAUGGGGAGGGUGGAGUCAGGCGUGCGGCCCAGACGGCCCCUCCCCGCUGCGGGGGAGCUGGUCAGGAGGAGGGGCAGCAGAGGAGGGUGUUGGAGCUGGAGCAGCUGGCUCUCUCUCUCAGGGAGAAGGAGAGAGAGGUAGAGGGAACCGUCAGGGAGAUGAGGAGGGAGCAGGCCGAAGGGCACAGACUGACCAUCAGGGACAACGUGGAGGUGAUCCGCCUGCAGAAGCAGCUGAGCGACCGGAGCACAGCCCUGAGGCUGACCCAGGAGAAGUUCAACCACCUGCAGGAGGCAUAUGAGGCUCAACUGGAGCAGAGCCAGCAGUCCCUGAAGGAGAGCCAGGCGGCCCUGCUGGAGAGAGUGGAGGAGCUGAGCCUGCAGCUGAAACAGCAGAGGCAGAGGGCGCUCGCACUGGAGGGCCAGCUCAGUGCUGCCACCCUCUCACUGCAAGGCCUGGAGGAGUUCCAGGAGAGAGUGUCAGAUCUGGAGGGAGAGCGACGCCUGCUGAAGGAGAGCUAUGACACGCUGCUGGAGAGCACCUUGUCAGCCCAGAGCCACCACGGGGAGAAGGAGGACAAGGAGAAGAAUCUGGAAAAAGAGAGGGAGCGAGAGAAGGAGGAGAUCUGGAGGAUGGACAUCAGGAGACUGGAGGAGAUUCUACAUGUGGAGAGAGAGGAGAGAGGGAGGCUGGAGGAGGAGAAAGAGAUGAUGAGGCUGGAGAAAGAGAGGACAGUGGAACAGAUUGAGAGAGAAAAAGAAGCCACUGCGUUAACGAGGGCCAAUCAUGAGCAUCUGGAACAGGAAGUGUUCCACCUCAGAGGCCAGGUCACAUCAUUGCAAGACAGGCUGGACUCGGUCACAAAGGAGUUUGACAUGAGUGUGGAGGACCUCAGUGAAACCCUUCUGCAGAUCAAGACAUUCAGACUCCAGCAGGAGGGCCGUGAGGGCCUGCGUCUCCUGCUGCAUGAUGGGAAGGGGGCGGAGCUGUCCGGAGGGCUGGCGGAGGCACGAGCGUCUCACGCAGAGACGGUUCUGGAGCUGCAGAAGAGCAGGAACAUGCUGCUGCUGCAACACCGCAUCAACACCGACCUGCAGGCCGAGAUGAAGACCAUGAUGGAGAGAUCAGAGAGAGAGAGGGAGGAGAUCAGAAGGAGGGUUGAAGAGAAAGACAAGCUUCUGGGACGAAGAGCCCUGCAGAUCAACACCUUGCAAGCCCAGCUGAAAGAGUUGGCAUACAGCCCAAGGAACUACAACCGGACCAUACCACUACAGUACACCUGGCCGGGGGGGGACCAGGAAGUGGUGCAGCCCAUUGAGGACGACACCACGUUCUCUCAGCUGAGGGCGGGGGAGUCUGUGUUGGAGAUCCACCUCCGGGGGGUGACCUUCACCCCUGGGGGGUUACGGACCAUGGGGGGAGCCCGGGAGGGGUCGGAAGGGGUCAAGGAGGUCGUGACCUUCUGCACCUACGCCCUCCUGGAUUUCGAGAUGCACUCCACCCCUCUGGUGACGGGGACCCAGCCCGACUACGGGUUCACGUCCCGCUACCCGCUCUCCCCCCGGGACCUGGACCGGCUGGGGGGGCAGGGCGGAGGGGUGAGGGUGGAGGUGCAUCAGGCCCUCGGGGGCGUUCGUUUCGUGACCCGGGGGAGGGCGCAGGUGCCCCUGGGUGGGGCGGGGGAGAGGAGAGGGGAACGGGUGAACGGACGGGUCAAGGUCACAGGCUCGGAGGGUGAGGUCAUCGGGGUUCUGGACUUCUGGGUGCGUCUUUUCCCCCCGGCUGAGCCAAUGGACACGCUGCUGGAGAGAGGAGCUGAUAGGCUGAUGGACAGGCGGGCCCAGAGAAGCCCCGCCCAGCGCUCCCUUGGGUGGCCUGCCAGCACACACGAGAGGGAAAUGUUUGACUACGGUGGCGGGAUACCCAACGAACUGGAGGUGGUGCUGGAGCGCUGCGUGGGCCUCAGCGCUCGCUGGCCGGGACUACUUCCGGACUCCUACCUCAUGUACCGGCUGUACGACCUGCCUGCUCACGCCUCUCUGCCGGUGCCGUGCUGCGCUGACCCGCUGUUUAACGACGCGGUGAGCUACCCGUUAGCGGUGACGGCCGACGUCCUGGAAUACCUCCGGACGGGGAGCCUUUGGGUUUACCUGUUCGACGACAGGGACGAGCAGGCGCCGCCCGCGUACCUGGCCAAGACGCCCGUGCCGCUGCGCUCGCUGGCGAACGGGAAGCAGAUUAGAGGUGACUAUGUUCUGAGGGACGCGGGGGGCGGUCCUAGGGGCCUCGUCCUCGUCUCCCUACGAUGGAGGUACCCCUUCCAGCCACCAGAGGGAGCACAAGGACCCAGGGAGACAGACCGAGCGGAGAGAGAGACGGAACGAGGGGAGAGGGAGAGUGAAGGAGGGGAGGGGGGGGUGGAGAGGAGGAGAGCGAGAGCUGAGGAACCCCAGAGGCCUAUCGCCAGGCCGAGGGUGAAGACAAAGACAGAAGAGGCAAGGGUGGACAAACCUGUUACUUUAAAAUUGGCCCAUGUUCAGCCCAAGCCUCCACCAAUCAAGCUGCACCGACCCCAAGACAUCCAAUCAGAACGCGCCACUCCCGUGUCAUCACCAGAGCCCAGCGGAGCCACGCCUCUCCAGUCACCCGCACGGAAGAGGGCCACGCCCCUGAGGUCACCUGACCCUCCCCAUGCCACACCCCUUCUGAUCCUGCAUACCAGUCAAGCCACACCCUCUCGCUCACCAACCAGGAAGGAACAGAGACAGGCCACGCCCUCUCGCUCUCCAACCAGGAAGGAACAGAGACAGGCCACGGCCUCUCGCUCUCCAACCAGGAAGGAACAGAGACAGGCCACGCCCUCUCGCUCACCAACCAGGAAGCAGGCCACAUCUCGCCCUGGCUCGGCCCGGUCAGCCAGAAGCUCCGUCAGCGACGACAGGACUCUCCAAGACGUUUCUUCUCUGGAGCAGGUGUCCCGGAAAGACGAGACGAGCGAGAAAGCGACCCACAAGGACAGCGACAACCUGGACUCGGCAGAGUCAAGAACCUCUUCUCAAAGUGAUGUCAUUGUCAUUCCGAGACCUUCUAGACCAAUCAGGAAGGGAGAUAAGCUGAGAGUGGAGAUCCUCUCCUUGAGUUUUGGCCCCACCUCCCAAGUGGCCCUGGACCAAUCCGUGCAGCGCGUCUACGUGGAGUACCGCCUACUGGGCGUUCCCAUGGAGACCACAGAGACGCCCAUGUCCCUCCGCAAACCGACGGAGGGGGAGGAGGUUCACUACAACUUCACCAGAGUCAUCUAUGUGGACAGCUCAGAAGCAUUCCCUCUCAGACAGUACCUGUAUACCAUGCUGGAGGGUAGUGACCCAAACCAGGGCAGGUUAAAGUUCACAGUGGUCAGCGAGCCGAUGGAUGAGCAUGAGGAGUGUGUCGAUGUCGGCCUCGCCUUCCUGGACUUACAGGAGCUGCUGACAGGAAAUGACAUCAUCGAGCGCCAGAUUGACAUUGUGAGUGUGGACGAGGAGAGAGAGGUAAUGGGAACGUUAAAGGUUUCCGUGGAAGCAGCGAAGGUUCUGACCGGAAUCUACUGGGAGUUCCACCGACAGACAACGGACGGAGACGACGAGAAGGACAAGACUGGCGGAGAUAAGGAAGAGGAGGAGGAAGAGGAGGACACUUCGAAGAAAGAGGAUCAGAUUCGAGUGAUGUCGUAUGAUGAUGAUGAUAGUGAUUUCUACUGAGAGAUAAAGCUCUCAAUAUCGGUUAUGCAAAAUAAAUCCUCACUUUGACCGUCAUGAUACUUUAACACUGACAAUUCAAGCGAAAUUCACGACCCUUGAAGCCCUUUCAAACCAUCCAAUGUUUUAGUAAAUCAACCAGUUAAUUUAUAAAAACAUCAAUCA